AUGAAAUCAAAAGAAGCUGAUAAAAUACGAGACUUGCGAUUGCCGGGACCUCUACCCCGAUGGGAGCAAAAGCUCGCCUGGGCCGUUUGGCUGUCUCAUUCGGCAAUAGCUUUCAUUAUCGCCUACUACGUGUCAAAUGUGAAAGUCGAACAGUGGAUCAAACACUGGAUGCAACCUAGCAGGUUUUCUACCAACUUUUUCGAAAAUUGAAAUUUGAAACGAUACUGACAUUCUUUCGCAUCCCAUUUGCCAAGGUUAACCUUUCCCCAUUGCUCAAAAAUAAACCAAAUACCUCUUUCAGCUACGUUUCCGGCUGGCGGGUCGAUCAAUCCGACGCCGAAUGGUCAUACUAUCGGCAGACUGUGGCUCGGCUCAUUCUCGACUACUCUAUUCACAGUUUUGCGUAUGCCGUACUGGAUCAUCCUCUGAAUAUUUUGAAUGUCUUCAGAAUUUUCUUAGCCCAGCGCAUUUUCAAUACGCACAACGCUCGAUACGCUAUGGUUGUGAUUGGGUUUUUCACUCAAAUUCAUAUGUCAAGGUGAGGUUUUUGAUAAUUGAUAUCUACUAGACAACGGUCUCCAUUUGGAUUUUAGAAUGAGACUAGAUUUACUAGAUGUAGUUUUUCACGCUGAUCCUGGUCUUAAAAACUGCCCUCGAGGUCUGUGGACAGGGACUAUAUACCCUCUAAAAAAAUAGAUCAAUUGAAAAAAUUGGAAUUUUCGACUUUUAAGGGCCCCUAAUUUUUUUCACAGACCUCGACUACAGUUUUCGAGACCAGAUUUGGAAUGAGCGUGAAAAACUACAUCUAGGGAAGCUGGUUUUAUUCAGAAGUCCCACUGCGAAUAGAUACCAUUCCCUAGUGAAAGAAAAAAAUGAUUGCCCCCCCCCCCCCACAAAAAAAAUCUCAGAAAUUCAAAAUGUCUUCUCCAAGGGUACAUACGUUCUUAAAAAGAAGAAGCUAGAGCUCUUAUAAGUUCCUAGGAAAAUUUCAAAAGAUUCUCUGUAUCUCCUUUUUUGCACCUUUGUUCAGCCUGCUUGUUUUUUCUUCUUAAAGUGGACCUUUUUUUGAAAAAGUUCAAAAAAAAGGUGCCUGUGAAACCUUUUUUCAAAGGUCCUCCUGGACUUUGCCCGUGUAUUUAAUGCCCUCUAUCAGAAACUUACAAGUUUAAUUUUUCUUUUAGUUUUCGAUGCGUGCUGGUCCUGUACACUUUCGCCUUACUGGUCACCACUUUAUCCGCAGCUUUUCGCUCAAAAUUAAUUCCCUGGGUGUUUUGUAUUCUUUUCAUUACCCGCGCUGCCGUUUACGUCCCUUUCUCACUUGGCGGACAUAUUUUCUACCGCGAGUUUAACAUUUACCUCUAUGGGGCCAUAAAGGUAUACAAAUAGCCUUUCCAAGCUCCUUACAAUUUUUACAGAUUCUCAACUUAUGCCUCUUCCUCUGCAAAAAUCCUCAACAGUCCUAUCGAGGCGUUUUCGUCGAAAGCCUGCUUUAUUACGCCUAUUUGCCUUAUUCAAUGACUCUGAUUGUUCUGUUCGAAGAUUUCCGGGAGCAGUUUCAAAAAAAAGAACAGAAUUACAUUUUGAAAUCUAGUUCCAGCUUUGAAGACUACAGGUUGAAAAAAUUUAAAAAUUAGAACAGCUGGAAAAAUUUUUUACAGACCAGUUCUGUCAUUCGGUCUUCGGCUGGCUUUCUGGUUUUUCUUUACUGAAUUUUUUCUUCAUUUUAUUUAUGCGAACGCAUUGUUCAAUUCGCCUUUCACAAUAAUCAAUGGACUUAACGCUUAUGAAGGUUCGGAGGACUAAAAAUUGGUUUACCGUAAUUUAAUAUUUCAGCCUGCUCAAUCGCCUACGUGGCCGGCCAAUUUUUCCAUGUAAAAUAUGUAGUUAUAUUUGGAAUUCCUUCAUUGUUCUCCUAUAUUGAUGGUAAUUAAUAAAAAAAGGAAUACUGAAAAUUUUUCUAGGAAUGAAGCCUCCGCCACCGCCAAUUUGUAUUUCACGGGUUUCUCUAUAUUCUCGAAUGUGGAGGCAUUUCGAUGCGGGUCUUUAUCAGUUCCUUAAGCAUCAGGUAAACCCAUUUUGGAGCCUAAUUUCAAAUUUUUCAGGUUUACAUUCCUAUAAUGACUCCGAAACUCUCGCCCAUUCUCUCCGUUACAAGAAAUCUAAGCGCUCUUGCCGCAGUUUUCGGAGUCGUUUUAGCUUGGCACGGUACAAGGAGACACUAUUUAGCUUGGGUCAGAUAUAUUCAAAGUUUGAGGUUUAAAAAAAAUUAUUUUCAGGUGACGCUUUCCGCUAUUGAACUGACGAUAGAAAGGAUAGGGUCUACAAUUUGGAAACAAAAUUGGUGCCAAGAAAUACGAGGAAAAUUGGGAGAAAACUUUACUAGACGUGUAAUUGCGACGUUAAUGUUACUGACUGUGACGCCAGGUGAUCCCACCUUUUAA